UUAUAUAGAUAGCUCUGGGGUUCGUGGCGAGAUACCUAGAACGUUUUCUAAUCUACAGAACUUGGUGACAGUCUGGGCAUCAGACACUGAACUUACAGGCAGAAUUCCUGAUUUCAUAGGGAAUUGGUCGAAGCUUGCUACACUGAGAUUUCAAGGUAACUCUUUUGAAGGUCCUAUUCCAUCAACAUUCUCAAAUCUAACUUCGAUGACAGAGUUGAGAAUAAGUGAUUUGACGAAUGGAAGUUCAUCGCUGGAGUUUAUAAAAGAUUUGAAAUCCCUAAGUAUCCUAGUACUAAGGAACAACAAUAUUUCUGAUUCAAUUCCACCCAACAUUGGCGAAUUCCAGAAUUUGACACAACUAGAUUUGAGUUUCAACAAUUUGACUGGAGAUAUCCCAGCCGCGCUUUUCAAUAUGAGCAGACUUCGUCACUUGUUUCUAGGGAAUAAUAGGUUGAAUGGAUCCUUGCCUGCCCAAAAGAGUUCGUCACUCCUCGCCAUAGAUGUAUCAUACAACAAUCUAGCUGGAACACUUCCUUCUUGGGUUCAUGAACAAAAUUUGCAAGUGAACCUAGUUGUCAACAACUUCACUGUGGAAAGCUCGGAAAACAGAGCGUUGCCAUCUGGACUGAACUGUCUUCAAAGGAACUUUCCUUGUAAUCGAGGCAAGGGAGCAUUUUUUAACUUUUCAAUCAAGAGUGGUGGGCCUCAGAUCACAUCUACUAGUGGGAUUGUAUUUGAGAGGGAUAAUGAGACUCUGGGAGCAGCAACAUAUUUCGUGGCUAACACAAACAGGUGGGCAGUCAGUAAUGUUGGACUUCCUACCGGGAGCAACAAUCCCCAGUUCAUAUUCAAGUCACAAUCACAAUUUGCAAACAUGGACUCAGAGCUAUUCCAGACAGCACGAAUCUCUGCUUCAUCAUUGAGAUACUAUGGGUUGGGGCUUGAGAAUGGCAACUACACUGUGAAUCUCCAAUUUGCUGAAUUGCAAAUUGAAGAUUCUACAUGGAGAAGUGUUGGGAGGCGUGUUUUUGACAUAUAUGUCCAGGGAAUUCUUGCUUUUAAGGAUUUCGACAUACUCAAAGAGGCAGGUGGCUCUAAACGAGCUAUUUCAAAGGAAUUUAAGGCACAGGUGUCUGAAAAUCACCUUGAAGUCCAUCUUUUUUGGGCUGGAAAAGGGACAUGCUGCGUACCUGAGCAAGGUGCAUAUGGACCUUCCAUUUCAGCCAUCAGUGCUACCCCAGAUUUUCUACCUACUGUGAGGAACAAUCCUCCUUCAACUGAAAAGAAUAAAACUGGUAUGAUUGCGGGGAUCAUCGUUGGAGUGGCAGUUGUAGGCUUCAUAUGUAUUCUUGCAGUUUUCUGCAUUAUUCAAAGAAGGAAAAAGUCACGUGCUAAUGAUGAUGACGAGCUCCUAGGUAUAGAUGCCAGGCCAUACACAUUUAGUUAUGCUGAACUGAGAACUGCUACAGAAGAUUUUAGUCCUGCUAAUAAGGUUGGAGAGGGGGGUUUUGGACCUGUUUUCAAGGGAAAACUUAAUGACGGGAGAGUGAUAGCAGUAAAGCAACUAUCUGUUGCUUCCCACCAAGGCAAGACCCAGUUUAUCACUGAAAUAGCAACAAUAUCUGCUGUGCAACAUCGGAACCUUGUGAAACUAUACGGAUGCUGCAUUGAGGGAGAUAACAGACUCCUUGUUUAUGAAUUUCUGCCAAAUAAGAGUCUGGAUCAAGCACUAUUUGGGAAUAAGAACUUAAAUCUCGAUUGGUCAACACGCUUUGAGAUAUGCUUGGGAGUAGCAAGAGGACUUGCUUAUCUUCAUGAGGAGUCAAGGCUUCGAAUUGUACACAGAGAUGUUAAGUCAAGUAACAUUCUGCUUGACUCCGAACUUAUUCCUAAAAUUUCGGAUUUUGGCUUAGCCAAGCUUUAUGAUGAUAAGAAGACCCACAUAAGCACCCGUGUUGCAGGGACAAUUGGAUAUCUUGCGCCUGAAUAUGCCAUGCGAGGACAUCUUACGGAGAAAGUUGAUGUUUUUGGGUUUGGGGUUGUGGCUCUUGAGAUUGUAAGUGGGAGACCAAAUUCUGAUUCAAGUUUGGAUGGGAAGAGGAUGUACCUUCUUGAAUGGGCCUGGAACCUGCAUGAAAACAACCAGGACCUUGAACUGGUGGACUCCAGCUUGACAAAAAUUAAUGAGGAAGAAGUGAAGCGAGUGAUAGGAGUUGCUCUUCUGUGCACUCAGACAUCGCCUGCGCUACGGCCACCAAUGUCCCGUGUGGUGGCUAUGCUUUCAGGAGAUAUCGAAGUAACAGGAGUAAUCUCAAGGCCUGGAUACUUGACUGACUGGAAAUUUGAUGAUACAACCAGCUUUAUGAGUGAUUAUAAGGAAGCUGAUAACAGCUAUUGCAACUCAUCGAUAAGUACAAGCAUGAUUUUCAACUCUCCUUUAAAUGAUCAUAAACCCAUGCUUUCUGAAAGCAUCGGAGAGGGUAGGUGAAAUCUUUUUCUUUGAUUGGAGAACACGUAUGUAAUUAGGGGCUGUUAAUUGAGACACAGAUGAUUUUAACCUAUGUUUUCCUUUCUUUCUGUUCUUUCCUGAAAACAAGUUUUGAUUUUCAAGCUUUUCCCUCCUCGUACAAGUUUAUGUAGCUGAGGGAAUUUUAUGAAUCUUUUUCACCUUUCAACUUAUUAGAAUUAUGAGUUUUGUCUA